AUGGGUGAUUUGUUCGAAAGAAACUGUGCAUUCACCAACAUCAAUGACACGGACUUCGAGCAGUCUUCGUUCAAUCAAUUCAAAGAGGAAAACGGAGAUAGACCUACUAGUGCAAUCGACUUGAACAAUGACAAUAGUGGAAGUAUUGAUGAAGACAUCAUCCCUGCGAGUGAUUCAAGUUGGAAUUGUCAAGAAGAAACUGAAAUUCAAUUGGAAGAGAUCUAUACUGACAACAACAGCAAUGAUUUCCACGAUUCAAUCGAUCCACCUAAAAGCUUCCCUCCAACUAUUUCGGAAGAAGGAUACUGUGAUAUUAAAACUGAAUUAGAACAAAAUAUGCUAAAACAAACGAAGGACGUGUAUUAA